UGGUAUAUAUAGGAGGAAAUGCACGCCUUGAUCCAGAAAUCAAUCCACUGUGUUAUCGCCUCAGCAAGAGUGACAGAGAGAAACACAGAGACAACAAGAAGAAGAGAAAGAAGUAGACCAGAGAGACAAUCCGUGUGCGGGCGAACACAGAUACACACACCCUCACACAGUGACCCACAGAUAUCAAUCCAGCCAGGCGUGAUGCGUGUGUUGCCAGUAACACUGCCCCUGCUGCUGUGUGUGGCAGUGGGGUUGAGCCAGGUGACGGCGGAGGUGAGCUUAGUGAAGCUGUGUGGCAGAGAGUUUCUCAGGGCCGUCGUCUACACCUGUGGAGGCUCCCGUUGGAGACGGCUUCUCGACCAACCGGAGCAACUGGAGGAUUUGGCAAAUGGGGAGCUGCAGCAGAGCAGCCUGGAGGACCUGACGGCCAACCUGGGGUCAGAGUUCAGCAGACGGGACCUGAACCACAUGCUGACCACAGUGUGCUGCAAAAUGGGCUGCAAGAAGAGUGACCUCGCAUAUCUCUGUUGAGACCUGAGUGUCUUUGUGGUUAACCUUUCAACUCCUCCUAAACAGACUUGCUCUCCUCCUAUCCAAACCGGUCUUACCUUCUUCAUGAAAAACAGAAAUAGGGUGCAUUUGUUUUAUCUCACCCUGUGCCCCGGUGUCACUAUACGACCUUGGAACGGUCUAAAAUGUCCAAACUCCCUUCACCCGGUGAGGUAAAACCAAUGCAUCCAUAGGGGAAAAAAGUGAGGUUUUAUACUAUAUCCUCAACCAUUUCAGCCAAUCACAAUACUUGCACAGGAUAAUCAAAAAUAGAUGCAUGAAAUAAGAGCUUAAUUAAUAAAGAUAGAGCUUUUUAGCUAGUUGUUAUCAUAGAUGUAGUACAUAGUAGUGGUUGAGGGGACUUUUACAGGUCGUGUCUGUGUGUGUGGAUUACAAAGAGGAACUGUUCCCCCGUCAUAGUUUGUAUCUCGUGAAGUUUAUGCACAGGAUGGAAACCAGCCUCUGUUAAAUGUGUCAAUGAUGAGAGAGUUAAGAACCAAAGCUGAAUUCAGGGACUUUCAUGUAACUUUUUGAAAAGACUAGUCCUGAUCGUACGAUAUAUUUUGCUAGCCCUAGUCUAAUAAAUGUCCUUACAU